AUGCGCCACAACCGUUCCGCUGAAUGGGAGAUUGCUGAACGAGGAUUGGACGGUUGGAAGCUGUGGUGGAGACCGGCCAAAAGUGACCGUCGUCAGCCGUGGGAAUUCAGAGUGCGAGCGGCUAAUCUCGAAGGUUUCGGGGCGUACGGAUAUUCAAGUGACACCGUAGUGCCACCAGCUGCUGAAGAGACCUCGCAGUCUUGGCUUUACGUUGUGCUCACUGUGUCGCUGAUUGCGAUUCUAGUGCUGCUCACACUCAUUUUCCUGAUGAUCCGAGCUCGCGCUAGAGCCGCCCGAUUAAAGAAGGAACGAAAUCUGGACAAGAACUGUAUUACACUUGAGAAACUUGCUGGCCUCGAUCAGAGUCCUUGCCAGCCGAUGCCACCUGAAAUGCUCAACGAAAUCAAAAGUGAGCUCAGUGACCGAAAACGUAUCAGCGUCGUUGACAUUUCCUGA